AUGAGCAAGCGGCAGCGGGACGACGAGGCGGCGGCUGUGCGCCACGCCGUUGAGCUUGUCUGCCAGCGUCCCGUGGGGUCCACCGAGGUGAAGGCGCUGACGCUGACGCCGCUUGAGAAACAGGUGGUUCGGCUUAAGGAGUCUUUGCCGCACGACGUCGUGCUGAUGGUGGCGUGUGGCUAUCGUGUGAAGUUUUACGGUCGCGAUAGCCGUGUGGCGAGCCGCCGCCUGGGAAUCAUGUGCAUUGGCACUACUCCUUUCGAGUCAAGUAGUAUACCGUAUGUGCGGGUCAAUCUCUACGUUCACCGCCUUGUGGCGAUGGGCUACCGCGUGGCGUUUGCUGAACAGGAGAACGCCUCCAUUCGCACAACCGACGGGGCCGCGAAGGGCAUUUUCGCGCGAGAGGUCGCGCGGGUGUGUAGCCGGGGCACACUGCUGCCGUCUGAGGUCAUCGGUGACGCCACCACCACGACCACGACCACGACGGCGUCUCAAGCCGCUCCAUCGGCGGAUCAGGCAGAUGCGGCGGAGGGCAGGGCGGAGGAUGACGGGCCGGAGCCAGACGGUGUGGGUGCCCCCGUGAAGGAAGAGUCCUCGGAGUUGUUCAUGUGUUUUCUAAAGCCGCCCGCAUCAGCGUUGUUGUCGCCGCCGGCGCCGGGAGUUCCGGCGAUGGAUGUGACACUCGUCAGCUUCGUCACGUACACCGUACGGCGUCACCGUGUGGCGUCCGAGGUGGAGCUGUUGGACAUCCUGCAGCGCUACGAUAUUGUGGAGCUGGUUCUCCUUUCUGCGCCCCACCCGGCGACGCCGGCGAAUGGAAUUUCACCCGCCCCGUCGUCUCUGCAGUGCUUGCCGGAGGUGUACGCCUCAUGCCUCAACAAGGUGCUUCCGCUGCAUUUUGGCCCCACCGUUAACGGCGAGGAGGACGACCGCUCGAUUUCUCUCUCCACCUUUGAGUGCGUUGGCUCCGUGGACGAGGCGAUUGCAAAGUACCUCGCCCCCUAUCAGCUGAAUAGAGUGUACGAAAAGAUGUGCGCGGAGGGUGGCCAGCCGGUGCCCCUGAAAGGCGCCGGCGAGGGUGCGAAGAAGGCGAUGGAGUUGCCCGGCAGCACAUUGGGUGCACUGGACGUUUUUCACAGCAGCAUCGGCGCCAAGGGCUCCCUGCUGGCGCUGCUUGACCACAGCCUCACCCUUCCCGGCGUGCGACGCCUGCGACUGUGGCUGUCCGCGCCGCCGUGCGACAUGGACACCAUCCUGUCACGCCGAAACGCCGUGUCAUUUUUACUGCGUGGCGAGGAGGCCAACGCCGUGACGGGUUUGCUUCGUGAGUGCGCCAAGUUUGGCGACAUUGAGGCAGCCCUGGGAAAGGUGCGGGCGCAGCGUUGCACAAUUGCGGAGUACAUCCAGCUUCUGCGCGCCGUGGACACGGCGCAUACGCUCGCGUGUGCCAUAUUGGCCCGUACUCACGGGCACAUGGACAAGCUUAUUUGCGAAACCUUGCAGAGCGUCACUUCCGUGGAGACGACCACUUUUCUUCAGUCCUGUAAGUCUGAAAUGGACUCUCACGCGAGUUCCCCGUUGGAAUAUUUCACCUCGCCUGGCGUCUCUACCCCCGCUGCCUUGCAGACACACUUAAAGGCUUCUGACGAGGCACUACGCGCCCUUGACGAGGAGCUGGAGUCCGUUCGCCGGACACUGCGUAUGCCGGAGUUGGAGUAUCGCACCAUUGCAGGGACGCCGUUUAUUGUGGAUGUGCCACAGGCAAAGUGCGGCCGUGUCCCAAAGGACUGGUUGGUGCUGACGCGGACCAAAAGUCAUGUGCGGUUUCACACGUCAAACAUUGUUGAUAGCAAUGUUGCGCUUUCCUCUGCGCGAGAACGUCUUCUUGUCGCGGCAAGAGAGGCAUGGCAGCAAAAGCAAGAGGAAUUGGCGAACGCCUCUUCCGCCAUGAAUGUUUUUCAGGCUGUUAUUGAUGCGGUGUCCGUUUUGGAUGCGAUUCGUUGCCUGUCGGUGACAUCGUCCUCCCCUGGCUACGCUGCGCCUGAGCUCUCUGAGGCUGCGGCGUGUCUGAAGAUUGUUGGCGGUCGCCAUCCAGUGCUAGACAGCAUUUUGGAGGGCGGCUACGUGAGCUGCGAUGUUUGCCUGGCAAAAGGUGGGGCGUGGAUCCUGACUGGCCCCAACAUGGGCGGCAAGUCUGCCCUUAUGCGCAUGGUUGGCACCUUUGUCAUCAUGGCGCAGCUCGGUUGCUACGUUCCGGCGACUGCGGCGCAGUUGCCCCUCUUCACUGCCGUGUACUGCCGCAUGGGGGCAACGGACUCUCUGCUCGAGGGGGCCUCCACCUUUUUGAAGGAGAUGGAGGAGACAAGCCGCAUUCUGCGCUCGCCGCACUUGCCGUCCUCACUCGUGUUGUUGGACGAACUGGGGAGGGGCACAAGCAGCUUUGACGGCGUCUCCGUCGCUGCGGCAACGCUGGAAUACCUGCUUCAGCGCGGCACGACGACACUCUUCGUGACGCACUACACACAUCUCUGCGAACCGUACCGCCACCCCGCCGCCGAGGGAAAACGUGUGGCGUGCUAUUUUAUGGGGUUUCGUGAGGAGCGAAGUGGGGCGGGCGAGGGUGAGGCCAAGCUAGUCUUUACGUACAAGCCAACGCCGGGCGUGACGCCGUCCAGCUUUGGCGUGCGGGUGGCACGCAUGGCGGGGCUUCCGCCGGCUGUCGUGGCGGCGGCGCAGCGACUCAGUGAAGUAGAGGAGAGAGCGCAGGCGGCACGGAUGGCGUUGCUGCGGCUACGUCGCUUCGUUCAGGCGUCGCCCACCUAA